GUUCCCCCAACGUGUCUCCCAGGCGUGGGUCUGAAAGGGUAAAGGAACAUGGACGGCUUAUUUUGAGGAUGAAUUUGAGAAGCGAAAUAUGAUCCAGAUGGAGAGAAAGUAGGCAUCGACUUUGUCAGCCGUCCCUAGUCGCGGGGGAGGAACCGAACCGUAAGCUCGCAGCCAUCAUUCCUCCGAACCCUCUAUUCCCCCAGGUUCAUCCGUACAAAGUUCGUAGACUCCAAACAAAUCACGACAACAAUGAGCGGACCCAAAAACAAGGAUACUAAAAAGACGGGAGCCACAGGGAAUAAUGGCCGCAACAACAACAUCCUCUAUCAUGGCACAGCAGAGCAAAAGAUCGACGCCUGGCUGCACGUCAUUGCUCAAGACUCGAACGGCAAGAACUGGAUGACCGACUGGGUCCCGCUCCUCCGCGUCUGUUCCAUCCGUCCCAACGACCCGCGACCCGGCGUCACCUUUGCCUUUACCGUGCAGCGCGAGCACUGCAACAACAUGGGCACCAUGCACGGCGGCUGCACCGCCAGCAUCUUCGACGUGUGCACCACCCUGCCGGUCGCCUUCUUCCUGGCGCCGGGCUCGUGGGAGAUGCUGGGCGUCACGCGCACGCUCAACGUCAGCUACAUGCUUCCUGUGUUUGUCGGGGACGAGGUGCUCAUUGAGUGCGAGGUUCUUCAGAUUGGUAAGAAGCUCGCUGCCCUGAGGGGUGUCAUGAGGCGGAAGGGCGAUCGUGCGAUUGUAGCGACGUGUGAGCAUGGCAAGUACGAUGCUGGGCUGAAGCCUAAAGCCUAGAUCAAUGAGAUGAUGGGUUCAUGGCGGUUGCCCGUCGUCAACUUGUGGUGGCUAUUCGUGUCAUGACUGGUGAGGUUGACAUAGCCCAGGGACCGCAUCCAGUGCCUUCACGGCAGUGCCACAUCAGGGAAGAUGCGGCUGCAUAACAUGAGGCCUGCAUAUAGACAUGGCAUCACACAUAGCCCCCCCUGGCGAUCUUCUUCAAUGGGUUUGCCUUCUUGCUCGUAAGGAUGGUGUUGAUCAACGCGGUGCUGCUGUUCGUCUUUCCGCCAGAGGGGAAAUGUGGACACAUGCCGCGUAAAACUGCCCCCUGUCGCCGAU